AUGGGUGCAGAUGGCGGCAAGCCUCGGUCGAGGGCUCCAUCGAGGGCGUCGUCGCGACCCAGGUCGGAGGGCGGGGAGAUGUGGCGAUGCUCCCAACCCGACUGCCGCUGUGCCAAGAACCAGGCGCGGUGGCGAUGGUGCAAGCACUGCGGUGCAGAGCGCGACGGCGGGGACUCGCAGCCGCCGUGGAAGAAGGAUCGUGCUCGUCCUGCUGGUGGCGGAGCUGCUCAUGCUCGGGGUCGUGGUGAGGUGGACCUCGGAGUGGACGCCAUGCAGGCACUCGUCGCCUUUGCUGAGGGCAAGGGAGAGAAGGAGAUGGCCGACAAGCACCGCGCUGCCAUCCAGGCCAAGUCCCAGGCAGCCACCACGGCCCUCUCCAAGGAGGAGUUGCGCUCCAUGGUCACGUUGGCUGAGAAGUCAGGUGACGUGCAGACAGCCGAGAAGUACAAGCAGCUCUUGGACCAGCUUGGCAAGGGCAGCGAGCAGCCAGCUCAACUCAGGGCCAACAAAGCGCAUGCGAAGGUCCGCAAGCUCAAGGGCAAGCUGGAGGCGGCGAAUGCGGUGCUCCAGGACCUGCUCGCGCAAGUGGACAAGCAGCGCGUGCUGGUGGCCGAGUUGGUCCACGAGCUCGAGAGCGCGGAGGCCGACUACAAAGAGGCGGUGGCCGAAGCCGCAGCUGGCGUGGGAGCCCCUGGCAAAGUUGCGGCGGCUGAUGCUGGGGCACCGCUCGAGCUCUCCUUGGCAAAGCUCAUGGACGGGGACUUGGACGAUCUGGACCUCGACGAUGACGGGCUCUUCGGCUACGCUGAGUUCGAGGAGCUCGGUCCCGAGGCCUUGGCGGAGGCGCAGCGCAGGAAGAAGCAGAUGUUCGAGUCCUUCAGGCAGAUGGCGGGCAGCUUCUUCGGUGAAGUGCGCCAGAAGGGCGAGGCCCUGCAGGCCGAGCACAAGGCCCUGCAGGAGCGGCUGGCGGCGAAGAAGCGCCGUACGGCAGAUGAGGAGGAGCCCAAGGAGGAGCCAGAGCCUGCAGCAGUGGAGCAGCCUGGGCAGCCUGCUUCGCCUGAAGUGGAGGGCGAUCUUCCUGCUGGCCAGCCAGGCACUGCGGGUGGAGCUGGUGACAGCGAGCGGCUCAAGGCCGAGGCUCGGGCUGCGGUCGCAGCGGCUUCGGCGAAGGGAGCAAGCAAGGGCUGGUGGGCAGUCGAGGCUGGCGAAAGGCAGUACCACUUCAUCUACAUCGGCUACGCCAGCGGCGGUGACCACGUCGACUGGUUCGGCCCCAUCGUCGCCUGGCACGACGCGAAGGCGGCUAUCAACUACUCCGUCGAGUGCAUCGCCGCGUACCUCUACCAGUGCUCGCGGGACUGUCAGCACGGCGAGCGGAGCGCCAACUUUGGCGUCGGCGCGGCCGUCGACUACCACGGGAGCUCCGAGCCCGACAGCGACUUCGGGGUCGUCUUCUGA